AUGGAUAUAAGUCUCAACACAAAUCAUGAAGAAAACUUUAAAAGAGGACAAGCAUUAUUGAAUCAUUUAGAAGAAAUGCAAUAUUCUUAUUUCAACGGACGUCCAGAAUGGAUACAAUUACAUAAGAAUGAUCUAAAAUUAUUUAUAGCACACAUAUAUUACGGCCCUCCGUCUCUUAGUAAUGCAAUUGCUGAAAACGAUUAUGAAGAUGACAUUAGUUCUGAAAAAUUAUUUAAGUUAUAUGAAAAAGAAUAUAAAAAGAAAAUUGUAGAUAUAUAUGAAUUAAUAGAGGAAAAAUAUAUUAAUCCUACUCUUUUUAGUAAAAUUCAAGUGGGUAUAACUAUGACACAUAGUAUUUGCAAAAAUAAGUGCGAUACCUGCCAAAAUUUUCCUAAAAAAGAUAUACACAAAUGGUUAUUACUCAGAUUAAAAUUGAUAAGCGAUAAAUUAAUAUUUAUUGAUUUUCAAAACAGUAGAACAUACACUGGCUGGGAUGAAUAUAUGGAAAAUAAUAAUCUUCCUGCAGGAUUUAUGUUCUAUCCUAAUUCAGGGUUUUAUGAUGCUUCAAAAACAUUGUAUCAAACUAUAACACCGUCUUCCAAAGCAACUGAAACAGUUUUAAAAACAGUUGACAUAGUUGCAUGCAUAUCAAAUGUUGUUGGCGGUGUAAUAUUAGCCUGUGGUUCUAUAUUUCUUGUAGCAUCACCUGUUGGUUUGGGAUUAAUAGUAGCGGCUUCUGCAUUAUCAACAGUUUGUUCUUCGUACCAAUUUGGUAGAAAUGUCCAGCAACUAAUUGACAUGUAUAAACAUGAUGUUUAUAAAUUCGGCACAAAUGCCUGGAAAAAAUGGAUUGGUUCAGUGAUUUCCGCAAUUGGUGCUAUUAUGGCACCAUUUCAUGCACUUGCUGCAAUUACAUCAGAGGUGAAUUCAACUAUUCAAACAACUGGCAAGACUCUUACUAUUUUUCGAAAAAGUGCUUGUAUUACUCAAUGUACAUUGGAAGUCUUCCGCGCUAGUCUGGAUUUCAUAGAUAACGAUUUCAAAAUAACAUGGGAAAAUGUGUUGAAACUACGUUUAGAUGUGUUUAUUGUUACAGGAGUAUUAAUGGCUCCAAGUUAUAUAACAGAUAUUUUAACGCUAAUAUCCAUGCAAACCGUGUGGGUGCCGAUUUACAAAACCAUUGAACAAAUUCCUUACUGUUUGGGUCAAUACGUCUGGAACUCCGUUUACUUCUUCAAAAAUCAUUUCGUUAUGUUCUUGGAAAGUGUCACGAAGUUUCUUGCGGAAAACCUCACGGCGACCAAUCUGUUGUUCGCGUGGAAAAAUAUUCGCUGUAUGUUUGACGGCUACCAAAAACAAACUUCCAAUCUGGACGUCGGUGACCUGUUGCGGCACGUGGUUGACAACAUCGCUAUGCACGAAAGUGUGAAAUACGUGUUGCGCGGCCAGCACAUGGUGAAACUGCUGGAUAGUCUGCGCAUAUUCGCGCCAAAGAAACGGAUCGGCCGGGCCCUGGUUAAGUAUUGCGUGGACCACGUCCUGGGGGAGGCAAAGAAGCUGUCGGCGAAGCGCGAUGAUUGUGUGGCUGAAAUAGCCAGGCACGGCGAGACGCGCGAGUGGAAGGCGGACGAGGAGUUUUGCAAGUGUUACGGGCUCGAUAGGUGCGCCAUGGACCAGUACGCGCUGUGGGCUAUCGGCCAGGUCAAUGAAGCCACUCUGAUGGCCGAGUAUGAGAAGCACGCGUCCCGUCCGGAAAACAUGUUCGACGACGAAAUGGUUUACAACAAGCGCUACGGCGCCAGUUGUUCGGCCAAGGGGUACUCGUUUGUGGCUCCGUGCGGUGUCCUGGACUUGGAAGUGUGUUUGCGGUUCGCAGAAAAGGUCAAUCCGCAGCCACAUCAGUACCUUGAUCACAAACUUGUACAGCCCCAACCCGGCGUAUCCCUGAUGUUCGGGGUUUCCGCUUAUUCGGUCAAUAUCGUGUUCUUCGGCAUCGACCUGAUCAACGGCGUGCCGAAGAUGAACAUCUGCUUCUUUGAGCAAAAUCGCGAUUCGGGCUCCUCCAUUGCCGACCACAAAGGUUUUAAGAAGCUACAAGCGGCUUAA